AAGGCCAAUCCUCUCUCUCUCUCUCUCUCUCUCUCUCUCUCUCUCUCUCUCUCUCUCUCUCUCUCUCUCUCUCUAGCAAUGGGUAGUCAAAGACUCAUUACAAUUCUCUUCCUUAUCUUCUUCUUCCACUCCCCAUCCUCAGCCAUGCAUGGCAAGAAAAUCAAGCUUCACCACCCUUGCAAGAGCUUAGUUCUCUACUUCCAUGACAUCAUUUACAAUGGCAAGAAUGCUAACAAUGCAACGGCGGCGAUCGUCGGCGCACCGGCGUGGGCUAACAAGACCAUCUUGGCCGGACAAAACCAUUUUGGGGACAUAGUUAUAUUUGAUGACCGAAUCACUCUUGACAAUAAUCUUCAUUCCAAUCCAGUAGGGCGUGCCCAAGGGUUCUAUCUCUAUGAUAAGAAGGAAAUCUUCACAGCUUGGAUGGGCUUCUCCUUUGUUCUCAAUAGUACUGACUAUAAGGGUACUAUAAACUUCUCUGGAGCUGAUCCUCUCAUGAACAAGACUAGAGACAUUUCAGUUGUUGGUGGCACUGGUGACUUCUUUAUGGCCCGUGGGAUUGCUACAUUGAUGACUGAUGCCUUUGAGGGAGAGGUUUAUUUCCGUCUUCGUGUUGAUAUCAACUUGUAUGAAUGCUGGUAAUUGCUUUGUGUGUCUUAAUGGCCAAAGGGCCUCUUAAGAGAUUUCUCUAAUCCAUUGGUGAAGGAAAACUUGAUCUUUUUUUUUUCUUUUCAAUCUUGGUUGUUCUAGAUUUCUUGAAUUAGAAGUUUAAGAUGAUUUUGUCUACUUGUUGAUACCAACUUGUCCAAGUGCUGGUAGUUGCUUUGUGUAUCUUAAUGGCCGAAGAGCCUAUAACAUAUUUCCCUACUCCACCAA